AUGGUACCAACUUCUAUGCACGCACUGCAAAUAAAAAAUUACGGACCACCAUCCGUACUCGAGUACGUCGAGACAAAAACACCAGAAGCACCCCAAAAAACACAAGUUUUGGUAAAAAUUGCCGCAGCUGGUGUUAAUCCGUCUGAAUACAUAAUCAGACGAGGGGACGUAUCAGCGGUUAAAAAGAAGACGUUUCCAGCGUUUAUUGGGGCCGAUUAUUCGGGAACUAUUGUUGCAAAAGGAGAUGACGUUACCGAUUUUGAUGUAGGUGAUGAGGUUUUUGGGUCAAUUGCCGAUGUAUUUUCAGGAAGAGGAACCUAUGCAGAGUAUGUUUUGAUUGAAACAAAACAAGAUGCUAUAGCAAAAAAGCCUUCAAAUAUUAGUCACGAAGAAGCAGCCGGCGUUGGUAUGGCAUUUAUAACGGCCUACAGCGCACUAAUACUCGGAACAAACCUAAAAAUUGAUGACGCAGCAAAAUCAUUAAAUCAAAAGAUCCUAAUAAUCGGAGCAUCAGGCGGCAUCGGCCACUACGCAAUACAAAUAGGAAAAAACAUUUGCCACGCACACGUAACAGCAAUAAACUCGUCAAAAAAUACCGACUUCGUAAAAAGUCUCGGAGCAGAUCGCGUAAUAGAUUACAACACCACCCCAGACUUUACACAAGCCCUUCUCCAGGAAGAAGGGCAGGAAUCAUUUGACGUGGUGCUUGAUUGUGUAGGCGGAGAUGAAUACUACCAGAAAUCAAUUCUAUUAUUGAAAAAAUCGGGGAUCUUUUCGACAGUUGUUGGCCCGCAUAUUUCUGAUGGUUAUAUGGGGUACGGGACAAUAUUGUCAAUUAUUGGACAUAUUUUAUAUAACAAGUUGCUUGGAAAAAGAUCGUACCAUAUGGCUUUAGCGAAUUCGCAUUCCAAGUUUCCGGAGUUUGUUGGGUAUUUUGAGAGAAAAGAGAUUGUUACAAAAAUUGGUUCGAAAUUUGAGUUGAAGGAUGGCGCAAAAGCUCACGAAUUGAGUGAAUCGCGUCGCGCUGUUGGAAAGAUUAUUUUGGCUGUUUAA